AUGGUGUUCCAAUGGAGACAUGUUGCGGCCAUGAUGGUGCUUCACUUGGCUACUCUUGCCCAAAGUCUCUCGGCUCGGGCUGAUGCCCCUCUCACCGUUCAGACGACGGUCGGCGAAGUAACCGGCUUCAUUAACGAGACCGCACCACUCGUCCGACAGUUUCUCGGCGUACCGUACGCUGAGCCCCCGGUGGGAUCUCUGCGUUUCUUGCCUCCUAUUUCUCCGACCAAAGAGCCCAGCCCGAUCAACGCGACUACCUACUCACCGGCCUGUAAGCAGCAACGCAGCAGCAGCACCAGCCUCUACACCGAAGUCCUGACCCAGUUUCUGAUCAACGGGCCUGACUCCGAGGACUGUCUCUACGUCAAUGUGUACGCUCCCCUAAGCCCCGUCAGUGAGAGCCUCCCGGUGUUCAUAUACAUCCCGGGCGGUGGCUUCACAUCAGGCGGCUCAAAUUCGCUGUACAAGAUCCCGGACCAGUGGAUUCAACGGACUCAGUCACACGUCGUCGUGAUAAUGCAGUACCGCCUGAACGCAUUCGGCUUCCCCAACGGCGAGGCUGCCCAUGAGAAUGUUGGGCUUUUGGACCAGCGGCUGGCAGUUGAGUGGACACGAGACAACGUCGCGGCUUUCGGGGGUGACCCGGAGCGCAUGGUCCUCUGGGGACAGUCCGCUGGUGGUAUGUCUUCGUCUGUGUACGGCUACGGGUAUCCAGACGAUCCGAUUGUGACUGGCACGAUAUCGGACUCUGGAGCCGCGUCGCCGUCCAACCUCGGCCGUCAACCCGGGAACUACACCACGUUCAGCACCUUGGCCAGCCUGGUGGGCUGUGGAGGGCUGACUGGUAAUUCCUCUGCGGAGCUCGCGUGCGUGCAAGGCGUAGAUGCGAAUACGCUGCAGGACUUCGUGUCCAACACUUCGAGCCUCAGUUUUGGCCCGGUUCUGGAUAAUGUCACCUCUUUCUCCAAUACAACGGAUCGCAUAGCGCAGGGCUUGUUGGCCAAGAUCCCAGCCAUUCUUGGGCACAACGCCAACGAAGGUGCAUCGUCUGGCGUCUUCAAUGAGACCUCUGGCCCUUCGCAGGCGACGAAAGAUGGCUUCCAAGCGGCGAUCGGCUGCCCAGUGGUUCUGGAAGCGAGCAACGUCUACGUCCUCAGCAAUCGGGCAAAGUUUGGUUAUCAAACCUAUCGCUAUUUCUACGAGGGCAACUUCACCAACAUUUCACCAUUGCCAUGGGUUGGUGCUGCACACAGCUCUGAGCUGCCUCUUCUUUUCGGUACACAUUAUGAGUACCGCGGAAAUUCGACCGAGUUUGAAUGGGAGACAAGCUACGGUCUCGAAGCGCUCUGGCUCUCAUUUGCCUCCAACUCCUCAGCAGACCCUACAGACGGCGCGUCAAUUACGUGGCCCAAGUACAGCGAAGACACAGAUUCUCUAGCUGUGUUUGCUGCCAAUGACACUUGGGUCCAAUUUUCAGAUGGAAAUUUUGGUGCAGGGGUACAGUGUUCAUGA